AUGGAAACUUCCUACACCAAAUGGGACAACUCAGAGCAAGUGAGCGUCUUAAUGGAGAGACAGGACAAAGCAAAGGAGAGUAAAGAUACAGUGGGUUUCCAUGUCUCCGAGUUCAUCAAAAGGAAAGUUGUUAUUUACUGUGUUAUCCUAGGCAUUGGCUAUUUUUUGAUUACAGUUCUCCUCUCUCUAAGCCUCAGAAAUGAAUCAGAGAUGUCCAAAGCGAUUGAAAUGAGGAAUACUUGGUCAUCAGACUCGUCACAGAUGUUAUUUAAUUUGUCAAAGGAAGUGUCUGGAAUUGGUCUGAAGGUUGACUUGCUGCAAGCAGAGUCAGGGAGAGAAUCUGCAGGUGCUCAGAUGACAGACAACACGAUUCCUCUGCUACAGGAAGUGGCAAAACUGAGGGAUGAAAACAGAAGAAUUGCUGAAGAUGUGACACAGAUGCUGGUAGAAUUGCGCAACCGGACAGGUGCUCAGAUGACAGACAACACGAUUCCUCUGCUACAGGAAGUGGCAAAACUGAGGGAUGAAAACAGAAGAAUUGCUGAAGAUGUGACACAGAUGCUGGUAGAAUUGCGCAACUGGACAGAGUUCUCCUGCACUAAAUGUCCACCCAACUGGAUGUCAUUUGAGAAAAACUGCUACUUCUUUUCAACAGUAAAUAAACCUUGGACAAUUGCAAAACAGUCAUGUGAGAAUGAAGGGGCUCAUCUGGUUAUUAUUAACAAUCAUCAGGAAAUGAGAUUUUUGGUAAGACUGACUGAUGAGGUUUUUUGGAUGGGCUUGAGUGAUGCUGGCAGUGAAAGUCAGUGGAUCUGGGUGGAUGGCACUCCUCUGACUCUCGCAUACUGGGGAAAAGGAGAGCCUAACAAUGCUGGACAUGGGGAGGACUGUGCUACGCUACCCUCCAACGGAAAGUGGAAUGAUGUAUCGUGUUCUAGAAAUGAGAGGUGGAUCUGUGAAAGGAAGUGCUAGCCAAGCUCCUGUCUAAGUGGAAAUCUACACAAGCUUGGGAACGUCUUGCUUCCUUUGAAAUCACCUAGGAACUGUAGAAAAGCACAAAGUUCUUAGGUGGUCAUCACAGAUAUGUGUGCAUCCCAUUAUGAAAAGGUUUAUGUCAGCUUAGUGCUACUGAGUGGAUCUCCUAGUCUGUUUCUGCUUUAUGAUUUUAUGUGCAAGCGUGUGUUUGGCUGCAAAUUUUGU